CCACCGCGGAGCCAUAGAAGUCGUGGCUCCCCUGACAGUGCGGCCUCCCAUCAGCUGCAUUGAGAACAUGAGUGAUUCCCAGCUUCCACAGGCUGUAGCGAUCAUUGGCCACUGACCUUCGCACAAAAAGGAAACGGCAAUUAUGAUGAGAAACGCGUCAGAGGGGAAGCAGAAAUCCGGGGUCAUAUUUAUCGUAGGAGUUGUCCAGAGCUUACAUGUCGCCAAUGAACAGCCCUCAGAGCGAGGAGGAAAUGACCCAACUGAGCGUCCGUCGCUGGACGCCCAAACACGUCGCCAAGUGGCUGAAGGAAGAGGGCUUCUGCGAUUAUGUGGACCUGCUGUGUAACAAGCACCGAUUGGAUGGCACCAGUCUGCUCGCCCUCAGCGAGUAUGACCUCCGCUCGCAACCUCUGGAGCUCAAGGUGCUGGGGGACAUCAAGCGGCUGAUGGUGUCGCUCCGCAAACUUCAGAAACAGAACAUCGACGUGUUGGAGGAGCUGGGUCUUCCCUUCGACGGCCACUCUCCUACAGGCUCCGGAGGCAGUUUGGAUUGGCUGUGUAAUGGAGACCCGGGCAGAGACUGUGACAGCACUGACACAGCACCAGUGGGAGAGGAAUAUCACCAGUACACUAAUGGAAAGUACAAGCAGCAGGCUAGGCGUCUGGAUCCAGAGUACUGGAAGACAGUGCUUAGCUCCAUCUAUGUGGUGUUUGUGUUUGGAUUCACAUCCUUUGUCAUGGUCAUAGUGCAUGAGAGGGUGCCUGACAUGCGCACAUACCCUCCGCUGCCAGAUAUUUUCCUAGACAGUGUGCCUAGAAUACCAUGGGCCUUUGCAAUGGCUGAGGCGUGUGGAGUGAUCCUCUGUAACAUCUGGCUACUUGUUCUGCUGCUGCAUAAACACAGGUCCAUCCUGUUGCGGCGCUUGUGCAGCCUCAUGGGGACAGUGUUCAUGCUGCGCUGUAUCACCAUGUUUGUCACCUCCCUGUCAGUGCCAGGACAGCACCUGCAGUGCUCAGGAAAGAUGUAUGGUGACAUGUGGGCCAAACUGCAGCGAGCUGUGGCCAUCUGGAGCGGUUUUGGGAUGACCCUGACAGGAGUGCAUACAUGUGGUGACUACAUGUUCAGCGGUCACACUGUGGUCCUGACCAUGCUCAACUUCUUUGUCACAGAGUACACUCCACGAAGCUGGAACUUCAUUCACACAUUGUCCUGGGUCCUCAAUCUUUUCGGCAUCUUCUUCAUCCUGGCUGCACAUGAACACUACUCCAUCGAUGUGUUCAUAGCCUUCUACAUCACUACCAGACUCUUUCUAUACUACCACACUCUAGCCAACACCCGGGCCUACCAGCAGAGUCGACGAGCUCGCAUCUGGUUCCCCAUGUUCUCCUUCUUCGAGUGCAAUGUGAACGGGCCUGUGCCCAACGAAUACUGCUGGCCCUUCUCUAGACCUGCUGUGAUGAGGAGGCUGAUUGGAUAAAGAACAGGAGCAGCAGCGGUACUUUCAGACACUAAAUAACCUGUGCUGUUUUGUCUGCUUUGUCAAGUUGCCAACGGAGGUGGUAUGUCAUAUCCUCAUUAAAAAGGAGGUUGAUGUCAUCCUGUCAGCACUGACACCUGAUGGGAUACACAGAGCCAUACCUUCUUAUAUUCUGGGACUUAAUUUCUAACUUGGUUCUUAAAAGACCUAUUUACACACUUUGCCUGUUUUGAAAACUGAACACAGUGGAGAUACGUCUCAUUGAUGGGUUGCUCAUUUUGUCUCUAAAGGGAUAUCAUGUUAUGUUGCAUGAACUGCAUUUUUUUGGUACUACCCAACUUAAAAACCUAGUAUUUGGACAGCACAUGAUAAAAGGAAGCCACAUUAAAAAAAAUUCUCAGGCAGAAGCGUACCUAAUGCUUUUCAGCAAUUAACCAUUUCCUGUGCAAUUAAAAUACCUAAUCAUUUCAAGGUUUGAAUCUUGAUUCUGAAAAACUGAAAGUUUUGUUUUAUCUCCCACUUUGUAAUUUAUCAAAACAUAACUCUGUGGACCACUGUUAAAGCAAUAUGGAAAGAUCUACCUUACACUAAUGCUUUUUUUUUUCUGUGAAGCAUUUUUUUCCCUUGAUAGUAAGAAGCAGAUGUUAUGCAGUCUUCUGCAUUCCUUGAGAUUACGCUUACAUUUUGACAAUGUUACCAAAUGCUGACAGAGAAAUCCAUGGCUCAUCAUAAGAUAAACUACAACAUGCAUAGACUCCUUUGUUUUUAUUGUUUAUGUAGCCGGCUUUUUCUUUACCAGACCCAGGAAAGAUACAUACAAGAAAUGUCUUUAUCAGCCAAAAACAUGGAAUGAAUUUUUUUCUUUCCCGGCCGUCUUAAAUAUAAUUCCAUUUGCCAAUUACCUUGAGUGUCACGAUAGGUUUCUCUGUGCAAAAAUGUCCAGAAUCUCGUUUACUGUUGGAUAGUUGGAUAGUGCUUUUUUUAAUCGUCAUACAGUGUAAAUGGCAAGACCCAAGUACCAGUUACACUUUCCAAGAUAUUAAUCCUUUGACAUUAAUAUGUACUAAUAGUUCUUAAGAAGGACCCUUAAAUUUGUAGGUAUUUGUUUAUAUUAAUUUAUUUCAUUUUGUAAAUGUUCAUAGGUAUUUUUAUAUUUCAUGUACAGAGUUACAGCAGCAUGCACAUGGAGAAAUAUGUUUACAGUUGCUCUUAACUAUGUAUUUGUUUUAAACACAAUGUGCUAUUUAAGUGUAAUGUUGAUUUCAGAUUGGCAUCUGCAUUUCAUUGAGUGAAACUUGCCAGUGUAAGAGAUGUUUUCUUUGAUUUGGUCAUUACACUACAUUAGGAGCAUGAAUAUUCUAAAUGAAGCUGACCUUUCAUUGAGGAACGAUGCUGUUAUGUUCAUUCGCUCCUGCAAAGCCACAUAACUUGUUUCAUGUUUCGUUCAAUCAUUUCCAUCAUUAAAGAGC